UCGUAGCUUGAAUAUUCUCUCCCUUGUACGUCGCUUUGGACAAAAGCGUCUGCUAAAUGACUAAAUGUAAAUGUAAAUGUAAUGUGCCCGAGAGUAAAGUCUCCUUCAUUUUCAAAUGGAAGAGAUUUGGAACCACCGUCAGUCUUCUUAGAUCUGGCUGCCUGGCCAAACUGAGUAAUCGGGGACGAAGAGCCUUGGUAUGAAUGAGAUCCAGAGUUCCUUUGUGGGAAUGGGAGAAGCUUACAGAAGGGCGGCCAUCAGUGCAGCACUCCACCGAUUAGACCUUUAUGAUAGAGUGGCCAGACAGAAGCCAUUCCUCACUAAAUGACCGUCCACUGGGAAUUUGCCAAAAAGCACCUCAGACUACGAGAAGCCAACCCUCUGGUCUGAUGAAAUGAAGAUUUAACUAUUUGGCCACAAUUCCCAACGGUGUGUGUGUGUGUGUGUGUGUGUGUGUGUGUGUGUGUAGGAAACAAGGCACUAAACAUCCCCUCAUUAUUACACUCCCUACAGUCAAACACGGGGGUGGCAGUAUCAUGCUGUGGGGAUGUUUUUCUGUGACGGGGAUGCAGGAAAAAUAUGGAGUAAUCCUGAGUGAAACCUUUCCCCGACUGCACAGGAUCUCAGGCUGGGGAAAUGGUUUACAUUUCAGCUAGGCAAUGCCCUGAAGCAUACCACCAAGGAAACACAGGAGUGGCUUCAGGAAAAGACCUGGAGUGGCCCAGCCAGAGUCUGGACCUGAACCCAAUAGAGCAUCUCUGUACACCUAAAAAUGGCUGUGCACCAACAUUCCCCAUCCAACCUAGUUGAGCUUGAACGAUUCUGCCAAACAGAAUGGGAGAAACUUCCUAAACAAAGUUGUGCCAAGCUUGUAGGAUCAUUUACAAGAAGACUUUGCCAUUGGCUUUAACCGAGUGCUAAGUGAAGGGUCUGAAUACUUGGGUAAAUAGGAUAUUUCAGUCUUUUAUUUUUAAUACAUUUAUAAAACGCUCUUAAACCCUGUUUUUGAUUUCAUUGUGGAGUAUUGUGUGUUGACUAAUGAGAAAUUAAUCGAAUCCAUUUUGAAACAUAACAACAUGUGAAACCUUUCUGUAUACAAUGUAUUUUGUCUCAUAUCUGGGACCAAAAUACGUAAGACUAAUUACUGUGUUGAAGCUGAAACGGGAAAAAAAAGUCUAAGGGGAUAUAACUUGAUUGUCCACCAGAUGACGCUCUCUCUUCACGGAUUAGUUUGUGCAUAGGAAUCUCAUCACAGUGUGUUUUUUUAUUCACGUACCCUCUGUGGAAGAACAAUCUGAAAUGUAAUAGCUCAUCACGUUGAUCUGUGUAGAAGAGAGAUAUCAAGAUAUAGAACAAUUGUAUAUGUACACGGCGCCAGGGUGUGAGUCGGCCAAACCCGGAGUUAAUCUAAUAUACAGCCAUUUAUCAAGGAAAACACCUUAAGGUGCAUCAAACUUUCUUUUCUCAUGUGAGUGUGUGUCAGUGUUUGUGUGCGCCAACUAUUUUGCAUGAGCGUGGUGAUGAUGGGGUGGGUAGGUUGUGCGUAACGAAGACGGGGCGCAGUUGGCAGUAGGUACGUGCGCACACAGAUAUUUUAUAGUCAGUUGAAACUAGACCACUAGCAUGCACACACUCAGAAAAAUGCUCGGUCUCAAACCAUGUGUCAAUAUGUGUGGUCAGGCGUAAAUCAGCAAACUUGGUCUGAAUAGGCAGUCUCUACAUCUCUCUACGAGUGUCAUCCUUCAAAACAUUCCCAAACGCGAAAUCCUUACUGAAGGCGUGAAGUGCGAACAACACGCCAAGAGAGCAAGACACUUAUCUCAAGACACUGAGCUAUCGAAAUCCUGUCAGAAGUGACAGAGGGAACUAUUUCUUCCACUCUUCAGACACAUCUAUUUGGAGUACACAAUCCGCCAUUCAUCGAAACUGGAGCUAUUCCGUCAAAGUUCGGGUGAUGUCGAUGUCACACUCACAUUGUCGGUUUGUAAUUGUGCCCAUGGAUUACCGAGCGUUGCUCUGAAACCCUGGCCGGGACUGAGGUAAUCCCAGGAAGCGGGACACCAGGAUGAGCGAGAGAUCGAUGCAGAAGGCUGUCACUCAGGUGCUGCUGCUGCUUCUGUGCAUGGUGAGCAUCUGGAGAUUACCGGUGAGGACUGAGGCCUACACAGAUCAUACGGUGAGAACAGGCACUUGUGAAGUGGUAGCUCUGCAUCGGUGUUGUAACAAGAACAAAAUCGAGCAACGCUCGCAGACGGUCAAGUGCUCCUGCUUCCCAGGGCAGGUGGCGGGGACGACGCGCGCGGCACCCUCCUGUGUGGAUGCCUCCAUUGUGCAGCAGAAGUGGUGGUGCCAGAUGCAUCCCUGUCUGGAUGGGGAGGAGUGUAAAGUCCUCCCUGACCUCAAAGGGUGGAGCUGCGCCAUGGGCAACAAGAUCAAGACCACCAAGAUUUCGUCGGACAGAGAUCAACUCUGGUAAUGCUGCUAUGAUCUCCCUGGUAUUGGGUCCACUGGAGAGCGGAUCCGCAGGCGAACAGUGAUAUCUUGGUCCAAUUCAGUUUUUACCUUGGUCUGAGGGUUGUCCACCAGAGGCUUUUUGUAAAUACACAUCUCCACUCCAAGGACUGUCAUACUCCCAGCAGAAGGACACGUUAAUGGACAAUGACUGCGGUUCGUGUUGCCAUGGGAUGUGCCGUCCUUUUAAGAGAACCAUUCAGUGAGUAGCGGAGGUUGUACUGUAUCUUUGCACAUGCAACAUUGGUCAAGCAAACAAACAAAAAAGAACAGAAAAGAAAAUAAUAGAAAAAGAAAUCCUUCAAGAACAAAAGAACAUUGUGUCUGCCCUGGACUGAAGAAGGAGGGUGACAGAAUUUCCAAUUUGCUGAAGUGGAAAAGUACGGAAAGGGGACUCUGUGCUGUACAUGUGUUUCUCCAUGGCUCCCAACCACCUAUUUAUCACCGGGAGACCAAACUAACUGGGCCGAAUCCAGUGUUGAUUUGAGGGUCAACGAAUGUUGAUGAUUUGAAGUAUUCGUUAUUUGUUGGCCUAAAUAAUGAGGGUUCGUUAUUUGAAUGUAAAGUCACUUAUAGUAGUUGUGUGAGGUGCAGCUAUUCUGGGUCACAUAGAAGGCUGGGGUGAAGGUGAUGAUGUAAUCUUUUGUACCCUUCCAUUUUUUCCCCCAUUGUUUGCUGGAGACUUUUUAGCUGGUGUCAUUAUGGCUUUCAUCCUUUGUGCAAUGAUAUUAUAAACAAACAAUAAAUUAUUGUUGUGACUUUAAA